GGCAGAGGGCAGCAGGCUAGGUCCAUCUCAUCCUGACAGGAGCGCACACAGGACCAGCAUCCUCCUCCUCCUCCUCCAUCGCCGCCACCACCAGCUCCUCCAUCCACCCCGACAAGGACAAUCUCUCCAGAAAACACACACAGAGGGGGAAGGAAAUCUUUUCCAGAGACGGCAAAAAUCGCAUCGAAAGCGGCACAAUGUUGGCCUGUACAGAGCUGAUCACCAUGUGUCUUCAAUCUGCCAAGCACGAACACUUAAGGAAACAGCAGCAGCUUGACCAGAACCAAAACCAAGGCAUUUCUAUUUUUCAGGAUAUAUUCCGCCGGGCAGACAAAAAUGACGACGGGAAGCUGUCCUUGGAGGAAUUCCAGUCGUACUUCACCGAUGGUAUCCUCACCAGAGAGCAGAUGCAGGAGUUGUAUUACUCCAUCGACAGGCAGCAGACAGACAACUUGGACAUUGAAAAGCUCUCAGAGUACUUCACUCCACAUCUGGGAGAAUACGUCAACGUCCUGUCGGCUUUGGAGAAGCUGAAUGUGUCCAUUUUAAAAGCCAUGGAUAAAACUAAAGAGGAGUACCAGGGCUCGUCUGUGCUCGGUCAGUUCGUGACUCGCUUCCUGCUGAAGGAGACGUCCACCCAGCUGCAGUCCCUUCAGUCGUCCCUGGACUGCGCUAUGGAGGCGGUUCACGACCAGAACUGUAACGGGAGGAGGAUAGUGAAGAAGCCCGAGGACCUGCCCAUCCAGAGGGUCAACAAACGCCCCGGGAGGCGCAUCCAGAAGAACAUGUGUCUGUCCCCAACGGACCCCUACUCCGGCAUGCUUACUACAGGGGUCAGCGUGGAGCCAGACAACCACUGGGGCUCCCAGAUCAACCACCUCGAGCAGCUCAUAGACAAACUGGAGUGUGAGAGUCCACAUCUUGAGCCUCUCAAAGAAGACACAUUAGCAGGGACGUAUAAAUCGAACAUCCUCCUGGUCCAGAGACAAAUGUCUGUGAAGGAAAGAGAUGUGGAACCAUUUCAGGAAGCUCUAAAAGUCUACACAGACGCCACCAGCAGCCAGCCCAACAACCUGCACAUGUCAGUCCAGAACCUGCCAGACAGAUCAUGCUUUAUCAUGUACGAAUUUUGGCAAGACCGUCUCUCCUGGAUGAGUUACCUGCAGUCGUCCAUCAGUAAGACCUUCCAGCGCUGCAUUAUCGACUCUCUGGAGGAGCCAGAGAUGGUUUCCACCAUGCUCCUCCCAGCUUCUUGGUGGAUCAUGAACAACAACUGACAGAGCAAAGCAUCUGCUCCUCAGCACAUUUAAAACAGGAGGAACAGGCAACACCUUCUUCCUUCUUGUUGUUUUUUUCCUCUUUUUUUUGUUCUUUGAUAUCUAUUUUUUCCCCUUAUGGCAUGACCAGGAUUGUUUUUGCAAAGCUAUGCUCCAGGAAAACAGAAAAAAAAAACAAAAAAAAACAAAAAACAAAGACUGCUCGAAUAAAUCAGUCAAACCUUGGAGAGAAAGUAUCGAGGUAAUGCAAUACUUAAACAUGUGAUCGGGAUCCGUCUCCUUUAUUUCACAGUGUUGCCACAUUUAUUGCUUCUGAUUUAAUAGAAACACAGACAUGAUGUUGAUAAUAAAAAAGAUUUGCAUGGUUUCUUAUUUCUCAGUGCUAGUUUAUUUGAGUCAAAAAUACAUCUUAGUAUAAAUAGAACAAAAAUAAAAAAAAACACACGAAUGACCGUUUAUCAUCCAUCAGUAAU